AUGACCAUUCUCUACGGUCUCUACAAUGGUAUUAAUCUGGAUUAUGGCUCUCUUCUUUGGUCGCAACUGGUACAAAGUCUCAACUCCUCAACAAGACAUUCAGAGAUCUCCUGUGGUCGUUUCUGGACCAUCAUCACUCGAAGGGCCAUUGAUAACUUUCAGAUUCCAAUUAUGAAACAUGCUAUGCUCUCCUCUGUGGCUACUUUUCAUACCAAGAAGAUUAUCUUCUCUGAUGCCACCAAGUUUUCUCACAUUGGAUCAAUACCUGAAACGAUGUACAUGUGUGUGUCGAGUGAAAGUAAUGUGAUGACUGCCUACCGGAAACUUUCUCCCAAGGGUCCGAGAGAAUUGACUCCUGAAAUGCAAGUCGCGUUAGAUGUUGUGGAGAAGCCAGUAAAGCGAUGGAAGAAGGCUAAUACCAAGAAGGUGGAAACUGAAGGUCCUUCUACAAAAACUACCAAGUCUAAGAAGCAAAAGGCUGAAGAAGCUUCCUCUUCGACUCCAAAGAAGGUCAAGAAAAUGACAAGGAGACCAAAGAAUCCUUCUUUUUCAAACUCAGAACAUGAUGAGGAGCAAUCGGCUAAUGAGGACGAAGAGGUUGGACACGAAGGUUCACCUAGAGGUAAUCGACCUCCUCGUCCUCCUACUCCCACUGAACAACUCAAUGACAAGAUUCCAACUCCUCCUCCAUCCCCACUGAAAAAUACUGUUCCAGCUUCGGUUGCACCAAUUCCACCACCUCCUACAACUCAAAAUACUACCACUAUUCUACCACCUCCACCCGUUAGCACAAUACCCUUCUCUACAACCCCAUUACCACCUCCCAUUAUUUCACAAGCAACUACCACAACUACCCCAAUCUCCACUACCACAACCUAA